AUGUCAUCGACAGAGAAAUUACAAGAGAAGCUUGUGCUUCCAUGCGGCGCUGUUAUGCCCAACCGGUUGGUCAAGGCGCCACUGGAAGAAAUGCUUUCCACCCUAGGCGGCGGUAAUCCUACCGAGGGCAUCUUUUCGCUGUACCGCACAUGGGCCGACGGUGGAUGGGGUAUGAUCAUCACAGGCAAUGUCAGCGUAGACAGUCGGUACAUCGGCUGCGGCUUUGAUGUGGUGAUCCCGACGCAGACCUCGACCAAGUGCCUUGAUGCCUUCGCAAAGUAUGCCCGUGCUACCAAGGGCUAUGACAUCGAUGAUAUGCACUCGGAUAUGCAAGCUUCUGAAGGCUCACGGCCCUUGGCCGUAGUGCAGCUGGUACACUGUGGCCGUCAGUCCAUGCGCGGAUGUGGUCGUUUGCCGUGGCAGCCGGCUGUAGCACCCUCGGCAGUGCCUGUGCAACUCGGCUCGUCGCCAUCGUGGAUGGAUUGGAUUGCCUUCGGUACGCCGCGUGCGCUCUCGAAGGACGACGUGCACGAUGUCAUUGCGCGGUUCGUGCAUGGCGCCGUGAUGAUGGAAGCUGUAGGUUUUGACGGCAUUGAGCUGCAUGCAGCGCAUGGCUACCUACUCUCGUGCUUCCUGAAUCCACGCACAAACCUGCGUACAGACGAGUACGGCGGUAGUCCGGAGAACCGCUUCCGCAUUAUCCGCGAGAUCAUUACGGAGAUCCGCAAGCGUGUAAAGAAGACAUUUAUCGUGGGUAUCAAGCUCAACUCGAGCGACUAUAUCCAGGGCGGGCAGACGGAAGACGACGCACUACAGAAUGUCAAAUGGCUGGCUGAAAUGCGCAUGGUCGACUUCGUCGAGGUCAGUGGCGGCAGUUACGAGGCGCCAGAAAUGCUCAAGCCCGUAUCGGAACGGACCAAGCGUCGUGAGGGUUUCUUUGCUGAGUUUGCGCGACGUGCGCAUGAGAGUCUGUCGGCCGAUUCAACGAUGCGGAUCAUUGUUACGGGCGGUUUCCACUCCCGGCAAGGAAUGCGUGGUGCCCUGGAGUCGGGUAUUGCUGACGGUAUUGGCCUCGGACGUCCAGCUUGCUUGGAGCCAGCACUGCCUCACAAACUUCUUGAUCCCAAGGUGCCGGACGACGAGGCGCAGUCCGUGUCAUGGCCGCCAGCGCCAGCGCCUAGCUUCAUCCCGAAGACCAGUGUCGCAGGAAUUGGCUGGGGCACAUUCUGGCACUCGGCUCAGCUGCAUCUCAUCGCACGCAAGAAGCCGACGGAUCCCAACCUAUCGAUGAUCGAGUUUUUGCGGCAUCUGCGUCUCUGGUAA